UUUCCAGGGGAUCCCACUGAGUUGGUAAAUUCAAGUUGUGCUGAAUUCAAAAUAUUACAGCAAAUAACCACGCGGCUUAUCUAUAUGGGGUAAGGAACGGCUUAAGCAGUGGCGCCUAUUUUAAUCAGUCGAAGAAAACAGGCCUCAAACUCCUGAAUUUUGAUCAAUAUCGACAAUUUCAAUAAUGGAAACGAAAACUUUGAUUGUCUAGCUGUCUUACGAAUAUGAGAAAUACCGUUAAUCACAAAGAAAUCUGUGCACAAACAAUAAUCGGAAGCCAUUCAGGAGCCACUUCGGGUGCUGAAAAAUAACGCCUGCAAAACAGAUGGAAACUGCUUAAAAUAGGUUCGGGGUGAUUGAAAUAGUCUCCCUCGAUUGGUAACUUUAAUUGAUUAUUGCUAAUGUUUGCUAACUUUGUUUCACAAUAUAAAAACAAGUUCUGACAGAGAAAAAGAUAGAGAACAGAUUGAUAUACUUUUGUUUGAAUUUCUCCCAACGCAUUUCGAGCAUUUCGUCUCAAUACAGGCGGUUCCUAAAGCUGCUUAGUAUAUGUUCCCUACCCUAGUACCAAGCUGGGUGAAAUAACUUUUGCCAGGAUUUAGCCAUUGAACCGUACCAAACCGUGAUUUAAUGUGUGAUGACGGAUAAUCUCGCAAAAAUUGAUUGCCGUGAAAUUGGAAGCCAAAUUGGUUGGGCUGUCCAUCAAUAAAACAAUAAAACAAAAAAAAACAUGCGUUAAAUCAAUCAAUCAAAUGCUGAUAAACGAUCGGUUGAAGUUGAACUUGCCAGGAAGUACCGAAGAUAGCUGAGUAAUUAUUCGUACUCAGAUGAUCACUUCGGAGGACAUUUGAUAGUACAUUUUCAGAUAAGUGAAACUCAGUUGCGUUAAUUGCAAGAUUGACGAGUUUUGCUGUGCAGUAUAGUGAAACACUAAGACGUUGAUAUUUUAACCUGUGAUAUAUAACAUAACACAUAAAUAGUUAUGGAUAACAUAAUAAUAAUUGUACCGCAUAAUGUUAUAUGAAAUGCAAGUAAAAUAUUUAAAAAAAGAACAUACAGCGCAAACCUGCUGCAUCUAAGAGUGAGACUCUGGCUUGCUGAAACAUGCGAUGUUUAUUUGGAAAACAUCGCGUGCCGGCGAACGAUGACUACGUGCAUUCAAGCCUUUGUUUCGUACCAGUUCGAAAUUGGGCUAGCAGCAGCUAGUGGAUGUUAGAUGAUGUAGGUAAACUGCUGCAGCGCUUCAUCAGAAACCACUAAAAGUGGGCAUUUAGUAAUAAUUUGCUGAUAUGGUACGGUUUACGUGAUUGUCUUCCGAUACUGAUCUGUCUGCUACCGCUGGCUUUUGGAGUUCCUCAGGUGGUAGUGCAAAAAAGCGGGCUAAGCGAUGAAGAGAUGACCGCAGUGCUGCAGCAGUACGAUGAAGAAGUUCGUCCGUUUUGUAACCGCCAGGUCACUGCCAACUGGAAUACUGCAACUAACACGGAAGAUGAAGCAGCACAAGAAGAACAGAACUCAGCCACUCUGGCCUACGCGAAGUUCCGCAGCGAUUACUACGAGCAGUACUUCAAGGACACGGUGGUAGAGAACUACCAGGACGAGAAGGUCCGAAAGCAGCUCCACCUGUUGAAGGAUCUGGGAACGACGGCCCUGCCGGAAAGUGAGCUCGAGGAGUACAAUAAAGUGAUGCGGCGGCUAGAUACCUACCAGCUGGCGGAAAUCUGUCCGUACACCAAUCAGGAGUGCAAGGAAGGCGACCCAAAGUGGACUCUUGAUCCGGAGAUGGAGCAGGUGCUUGCCAGCUCGACUGAUUACGAUGAGUUGAAAUACGUUUGGCAGCGCUGGCGGGAGGAAUCGGGAGGGAAAAUGCGUACGGAUUAUCAACAGUACGUGGAGUUUGUGAAUAAAGCGGCCGAACUUAACGGAUACAACGAUUAUGGGGAGCUGUGGCGGGCACGGUACGAUGAUGAUGAUCUUCGGGACACGCUGGAGCGACUGUGGAAGGAGGUUGAACCUCUGUACAAUGAGCUGCAUACGUAUGUGCGGUACAAGCUGCUGGAUUUGUACGGGGAUAAAAUGGAUCGUGAUAAUAAAGUGAUAUCGGCGCAUCUGCUGGGUAAUGUGUGGGCCUAUGCGUGGGGGAAUAUAUAUGAUCGGAUUAAACCCUUUCCGGAGGCUAGCCUGGUCGACGUAACCGCCAAAAUGAAGGAAUUGGGUUUCAACGCUACCAAAAUGUUUGAGAUGUCGGACGAAUUUUACCAAAGCUUGGGUUUACCGAGUUGUGCAAUGAGUUACGGUCCGAAGGCCAUCAUCGAAAAACCUGAGCAAAAAAUGGUGUGCCAUGCGUCGGCAUGGGAUUUCUGUGAUGGCGAGGAUUUUCGUAUUAAAAUGUGCACCAGUAUUGAUAUGGAAGAUUUUAUUACGAUUCACCAUGAGAUGGGCCAUCUCAUAUACUACAUUCUGUACAAGGAACAGCUGCCAUUGUUUAAAACGGGAGCAACUCCCGCAUUCCACGAAGCGGUCGGAGAUACGAUAACGCUUUCCGUGGCAACUCCGCAGCAUUUGCAAAAGGUGGGACUGUUGGAUGAUUACACUGACAGUGAAGCUGACAACAUCAAUGCGCUGUUUGAAAUGGCUCUGGAACGUGUGGCCUUCUUACCAUACGGUUAUUUAGUCGAUUUGUGGCGUUGGGAUGUAUUUAGUGGAGCAGUGAACGAAAGCAACUGGAACAGCCACUGGUGGAGUCUGCGGGAGAAGUAUCAGAAAGUAUACGCACCGGUGACUCGAACGGAGGACGAUUUCGAUCCGGGGGCGAUAUAUCAUGUACCAGCCAACGCGCAGUAUAUCGCGUACUUUCUGGCGCACAUAUUGCAGUUCCAAUUCUACCGAUCGCUUUGCAUUGAAGCAGGACAGUACGAUCCUUCCAACAGCACCUCUAAUCCUUUGCACAAAUGUCAUUUCUACAAUAGCAAAGCUGCCGGUGAUAAACUCAAGGAAGGGCUAUCCCUUGGGUACAGUGAAGAUUGGACGUUCGCUCUAGAGAAGCUGACCGGUGAGCGUGAAAUCAGCGGUCAGGCUGUGGUGGAAUACUUUGCACCAUUGUAUACUUUCUUGCAACAGGAGAACCGACAGCUUAAAAACGCUGAAAUGGAGUCCAUCAUCGAAAAGUACAACGAUCAGUAUGAGGUUGCUUGCAAUCGGCAAGUGAAAGCUCAGUACGCUACCCAGAUCGAUGUUGGUAACAUAACGCUACUGCAGGAACUGACACAAAUUCUCAACGGAAACACCGCCUUUGUGCUGGAGAACUCUGAAAAAUAUUUCGCCAAUGUCGAAAUCUCGGACUACGAUAAAGCAGAAAUUCGUCGGCAGUUACAGUAUCUGACACAGAUAUCGGUGAAUCGGCUUCCUUCCGAGGAUUUCACUGUGACGAGAACAACCUCUACACACUUCGAACGUUUCGCUUCGACUGAAGCACCUGAAAAAUUAAUAUAAGUUCCCUACUCAUCGAUGGAUUGGAUUACUGCUGCGUAAGGAUUGUUGGCUCCGCUCUGCUGCCGUCGCUGCUGUCGUUGUCGUCGUUGCUGCUACCAGCUCGGUUCUGCUGCGCCAGGGGUAUCAGGGGUACAACGUCCGUUGGUGGAGUUGUCGAUGUCGCCGUGUUGCUGUGCUGGAGUCGUUCUGGAUGCCGGUCGUUCACUUGCUGCGUCAGGAAUGUCGGGCGUCCAAUUGUUGCAUCAGAAAUGCCAUGUGCAAGGAUUUGCUGUGUCAGGAAUGGUGCGUCCGGUGUUGGUGUACAUUGAAUAGUGCUCUUAAUCAAAUGCAGAACAUAUACAGUAGUACUCUAAUUUGUCCGUACAAUGAUCAGAGCUGUUUGGAAGCCACCCUGAGUUUGGAUCCAGAUCUAUACGCAAUACUGGCUAGUUCGCAGGAUUACGACGAGCUGCUGUACGUUUGAAAGGAAUGGCGCGAUA